AUGCCGCCGCCCGCGCCGCCCACCGUGCUGGUGCCGUCGGAGCGGGCCGUGGUGCUGCUGUCGUGCGUGCUGUCCGCGCUCGGCUCGGGCCUGCUGGUGGCCACGCACGCCUUGUGGCCCGACCUGCGCAGCCGAGCGCGGCGCCUGCUGCUCUUCCUGUCGCUGGCCGACCUGCUGUCGGCCGCCUCCUACUUCUACGGGGUGCUGCAGGACUUCUCGGGCCCCUCGUGGGACUGCGUGCUGCAGGGCGCGCUCUCCACCUUCGCCAACACCAGCUCCUUCUUCUGGACCGUGGCCAUCGCCCUCUACCUGUACCUCAGCAUCGUCCGCACCACGCGCGGGCCCCGCGCCGGCCGCCUGCUCCUGGCUUUCCACGUCGUCAGCUGGGGGGUUCCACUGGCCAUCACCGUGGCAGCUGUCACCCUAAAGAAGAUCGGCUAUGACGCCUCGGACGUGUCCGUGGGCUGGUGCUGGAUCGACCUGGAGGCGAAGGACCGCGUCCUGUGGAUGCUGCUGACCGGGAAGCUGUGGGAGCUGCUGGCCUACGUCAUGCUGCCCGUGCUCUACCUCCUCAUCCGGAAGCACAUAAACAGGGCGCACCAGGCGCUCUCCGAGUACCGGCCCAUCCUGUCCGAGGCGCACCGGCUGCAGCACCACAGCUCCAUGGCGGAUAAGAAGCUGGUCCUCAUCCCGCUCAUCUUCAUUAGCCUUCGGGUCUGGAGCACCGUGCGAUUCGUGCUGACCCUCUGUGGCUCCCCGGCCGUGCGGACCCCGGUACUGGUCGUUCUGCACGGAAUCGGGAACACGUUUCAGGGAGGUGCCAACUGCAUCAUGUUCGUCCUCUGCACCCGCGCCGUCCGCACUCGGCUCUUCUCCCUCUGCUGCUGCUGCCCGUCCCCGCCUCCCGCCGAGAGCCCGGCCGGCCCGCUCAGGGCCUCUACGCCCUCCAGGACGGGGGACUCGGGGACCCAGGUGGACUCCGAGGAACUUCCACACACCUGAGCCCUCCCUUCCUCCCGGGACCAUGGCUCUGACCCGCUGCAGGGAGGGGGCACUUUGCAGCCGGAAGCCCGCCCUCUGCUGUCCGAGCUCUUGAGGCCUGUGGAGGGGCGGCCGCAACUCAGCUUCUUCUACCUCCUGGACCCUGAGGCAGCGGGUGUCCGCACCCGGGUCCGCUGUGCUGGGCGUCUGUCCGCGUGAGGGUGGCAGUGAGUUUCAGGGACACCAGUAGGACGCGAUCACUGCCAGGUCAGCGGCCUCUGGACCACACAGCGCUGUUUACAGUUUGAGGACCCACCCCCGUGGGAAAAGCAUGAAGAGCUACGUACACUAUUGACCCUCCCAAGUCAAACGCCAGGGGGCGCUGGAGAGGUGGCCCCACCUGCGUAUCAUGGAGCAGAUUCCCGGCUGGUCAGGCUGUGGACCUGCCCCUGGAGCGUGGCUGUUCCUGGGAGCUUUGCCAGCCAACAAGAGCCGGGUACCUGGAGCCAGGUUCCCUGGGGAUGCGGCCUCCUGGGACCCUCCCCAGCCUCUCGGGUUGCCAGCCUUUGGUGUAGAUGGCAUCCGAGUUUCCAGCACAGGCCAGAGCCCAGACUCCUGCCUCCACAGUCACGUCAAAUGCAGGUUCCCUCCUCCAGGGCGCCGGCCGGCGGGGCAGGAAUAGGAAGGCCGUGGCGGGGACUCCCUGGGGAUGCCCAGGGUCGCAGGUCUGUGCUGUGAGCUCCGGCCGGGCCGUGUCGGGAGGGGUCUCCUCACUUCCUAGUUCAGUCUUUACAGGAAAGGGGACCACGAAUGCCCCCAGUACUGAUCCCUCCCUGAAGGCGCAGGUUUGGGAGUUGGUUGGGGAAAGUGACACAUGGGUCGCAGGUGAUAACUUACGUUUUAAUAGAAAAAGGACUUAAAAUGAG